CGCUUCUCUCAUCUUUGACGGACCGGUCUCAGAAAACCGCAGCAGAGUGAGACCUCGUGCCGUUUCCCUCCUCUCUGACUGACACGUCAUCACAACAUCAUCCAAGAUGGCGGCCUCGGUGCGGGACAAGCAGACAGUCGCUCUGAGGCGGAUGCUGAACUUCAACGCUCCUCCUCUGAAGAACUCAGCUGCUGAGCCAGUAUGGAAGGUGCUGAUAUACGACCGGUUCGGUCAGGACAUCAUCUCCCCGCUGUUGUCCGUCAAGGAGCUGAGGGACAUGGGCAUCACCCUGCACCUACUGCUACACUCUGACAGAGAUCCCAUCCAAGACGUACCAGCCAUCUACUUCGUCAUGCCCACAGAGGAGAACAUUGACAGGAUAUGCCAGGACCUGAGGAACCAGCUGUAUGAGUCCUACUACCUGAACUUCAUCUCUGCGAUCAGCAGAAGCAAACUGGAGGACGUGGCCGGCGCCGCGCUGGCGGCUAACGCUGUCACCCUGGUCACCAAGGUGUUUGAUCAGUACCUGAACUUCAUCACCCUGGAAGACGACAUGUUCAUCCUGGGUCACCAGAACAAGGAGCUCAUCUCCUACCACGCCAUAAACAGAGCAGACAUCCAGGACACCGACAUGGAGGCCAUCAUGGACACCAUCGUGGACAGUCUCUUCUGCUUCUUCGUCACUCUGGGAGCGGUGCCCAUCAUCCGCUGUCCCAGAGGAAACGCAGCAGAGAUGGUGGCUGUGAAGUUGGACAAAAAGCUCCGUGAGAACCUGCGAGACGCCAGAAACAGCCUCUUCACCGGAGACAACAUGGCCGCUGGACAGUUCAGUUUCCAGAGGCCUCUGUUCGUUCUGGCUGACCGUAACGUGGACAUGGCCACGCCCCUCCACCACACGUGGACCUAUCAGGCGCUGAUCCAUGACGUCCUGGACUUCCAUCUGAACAGGGUGAUGAUGGAGGAGGGCGCAGGGGUGGAGCCAUCUCCUACCGGCGCCAGACCAAAGAAGAAGAGCAGGAAGACCUACGACCUGACCUCCGCCGACCGGUUCUGGCAGAAACACAAGGGCAGUCCCUUCCCUGAGGUGGCGGAGUCGGUCCAGGAGGAGCUGGACACUUACAGGGCGCAGGAGGACGAGGUCAAACGGCUGAAGAGCAUUAUGGGCCUGGAGGGAGAGGAUGAAGGAGCCAUCAGCAUGCUAUCAGACAACACAGCUAAGCUCACCUCGGCCGUCAGCUCUUUGCCGGAGCUGCUGGAGAAGAAGCGACUGAUCGACCUUCACACCAACGUGGCCACGGCCGUGCUCGACCACAUCAAAAGUCGGAAACUGGACGUUUACUUUGAGUUUGAAGAGAAACUGAUGAGCAAGGCCACACUCGACAAAACACUGCUGGACAUCAUCAGUGACCCAGACGCCGGGACCCCAGAAGACAAAAUGAGACUUUUCCUCAUUUACUACAUCACAGCUCCUCAGGCUCCUCCAGAGUCGGACCUGGAGCAGUACAAGACGGCUCUACUGGACACAGGCUGUGACCUUUCACCUCUCAACUACAUCAAGCAGUGGAAGGCCUUCACCAAGAUGGCCGCCACUCCGGCCAACUACGUGAACAGCGGAGUGAAGCCGAUGGGACUGUUCUCCAGAGUGAUGAACACUGGUUCCCAGUUUGUCAUGGAGGGAGUGAAGAACCUGGUCCUCAAACAGCAUAACCUCCCGGUCACUCGGAUCCUCGACCACCUGAUGGAGAUGAAGUCCCACCCUGAAACAGAUGAUUAUCGAUACUUUGACCCAAAGAUGCUUCGAGGCAGCGAGAGCUCUAUUCCCAGGAACAAGAACCCGUUUCAGGAGGCCAUCGUGUUUGUGGUGGGAGGAGGAAACUUCAUCGAGUACCAGAACCUGGUGGACUACGGCAAGUCCAAACAGGGGAAGAAGGUGGUGUACGGCUGCAGUGAACUCUUCAACGCUGCUCAGUUCAUCAAACAGCUCUCCCUGCUCGGCCAAAAGUGACGUGGGCACCAACAAUAUGUGAAUCUCUCUCUCUCUCUCUCUCUCUCUCCCUCUCUCCCUCUAUCCUUCUCUCCCUCUCUUUAUUCCAGUUUGUUUUAUAUAAACUCUGUACAUUUCAUCAUUGUCCAGUUUCUGUUUCUCGUCAGCACUAAUAAAGUUUCUCAGCUCAGA